AUGCCAAACAACAAACGGUCCGAUUCGAACCCGAACAAUGACGGCGCUGGACCCUCUGGGAAGAAACAGAAGGUCCAGGCGGCAGACUCGCUUGGACUGGCAUUACCGAAGGUAGACGAAAAGAAGAGCAAGGGCAAGAAGGGCGCGCAUGGCUCGGCAAACGGUGCCAGGAACCAAGGUAAAGCACAGACAGAUCCCAAUAAGAUGCAGGAUGUGUUGUUCUCUGCUGGGGUGGAUAUUAAAGAGGAGGAGGCACUCCUGCAGACAUCGACGAAUCUGUCGAAGAAGAAACUCUCGCAGCAGCGGAACGCGGCUGCAGAUGCUGUCAUGAUGCCUCCUCAUCAGCCAUUUUUACACCCGGACCAAGUUCUCGCUACGAUGCGGAAAGCGAGCAAAGACGCGCAGUUCAACUCGAACUUCAUUUCGAGUUCGAACAAGAAGGCGGACGUUCUCGCUGUUGUGUCCAGUGCAUGCGAGUACUAUAUGAGGGAUAUUGUGACAAAUGCGCUGGUGAUAUCGCGACACAGGCGGCGCGGGGUGCAACUUAACACGGGGAGGAGAAGCGAAGUCUCAAUAGCGCUCAAAAGUAUCGCGUUGACCCAGAGGAAAGAGGAGGAGAAGAGGUUGAAGAAACGGAUUGCGCUUGGGUUGGAGAAGGAAGAUGUCGACACACAGGUCAACUCAGAGGAAACACUGCAUCGUGCAUCGAACCUCACGGCGACGCUAAGGGCAGGGACGAAGAAACAGUACGGAUGGCUCACAUCCUCCGUUGCCAAACCCACUUCGUCGAUGACGAAAUCGAUGGGUAAAGUAGCGAACGAUAUAAACUCUCGUGGCGAUAACGGUCUGAAAUUCAGAGAGGCCCGUGAGGAACCGGGCAUUGUCAUGAGAGAUCUCCUUUUUGCAUUGGAAAACAGACGAAUGGGCGUGAAUAAUGCCAUCACGAAGGGGUAUGCCAAGAUAAGAGAUUGA